CCACCCCACUUCUGAUACCUGUAUAUAAAACUCAACAGUGGGCAUUGGCUUCAGAAACCACGACGAACGCUGUGACACACGUUCCAUUACACUUCACGGUGUCAAGCAAGCAGCCAACAUAUAGACACACGACUGCGGGAAGGGUCUCCCCAAGAACCCAACACAAUGUAUUCAACAACAGCCUUUACGCUGUUAGCUCUGCUAGCAAGUGCACUGGCAGGGCCAAUCACCUACCAGUCACGCGACGAAACGACAUCCUGCGCCAGACGAUGCCGAGACAUGAACAAGUUCAACUACCUCCCAGGAACAACCUAUGAAUUCGACUAUAAUGUUCAGACACAUACAUCUAUGGAAGGAGCUUCUGGUGAUCAAGCGACUCUUGGUAUCCGGGCAACUGCUGACAUUGAGGUGCUGUCAAAGUGCGACAUGGCUCUUAGGCUGCGAGAUGUGAAGGUAUAUCAGUCUGAUCCAUCAACCUCUACACCAAUGAAAUACGCUGAUGGGUCAGGCGAGUUCAGAAGGAAUCUAGAGCGAUUCCCCCUCCGCUUUUCCUUCCAAGAUGGCAUAGUAGAAGAACUGUGUCCAGCUGAGGGUGAAACCACAUGGGCUCUCAACAUCAAGAGAGGUCUUCUCACUGCUGUCCAGAACAGUAUGGAUAACCUGGAAAAGAACCAGAUAGUACAAGAGAGUGACGUCACAGGCGAGUGCAACACCAACUACACAGUGGCAUCACAUGGCUGGUACUCUACAACAAUUAAGAAGACCAAGGAUCUCCUAGGUUGCACUGAUCGUAAUGGUUAUCACAGUUCCGUCCAUGGCAUGCAGUACAGAGUUCCUUCAGAGAUCCAGUCUCUGCCCCUCAUGAAGAGUACACACGAAUGUGAACAAGAACUGGACAAGAAUGGACUCCUCAAGAGUGCGCUCAUCCGGGAGACUCACACAUUCAGACCUUUCUCCAGGGCCACCAGCGGUGCCACCACCAAAAUCCUUCAGAGACUCAACUACAAGACUCAGAGAUCUGGUGUUACCACAAGACAAGAUUACAUUCGGAAUCGGGUAGGAGUUGUGUUUGAACAUGCCUAUGGACCAGGAAACAAAGACCAACCAAUGAGAGAUGCUGAGAGUAAACUGCGAGAGAUCUGUCAGAAUACACGCGAGGAUAUCCGCCCCGACACUCCACGCUUGUUCUCUGAGCUUGUCUACAUCAUCAAAAAUCUGGAUGUUGAUACUCUUAGAAGUGUCUACCAGCAAGUAAAGUCUGGAGCUAUCUGCACUGACAACAGCGAGAGAGUCAAGAAGUUUUUCCUGGACACUAUCCCGAUGGCCAGUACACGUGCAUCUGUUACGUUCUUGAAAGAAAUUCUGCUAAAACGAGAAGUCACUGGUGCACAGGCAACCAUGUGGAUCACUUCCCUGUCUCUCAUCCACUACCCAACACUGGAGAUGUUGCAGGAAGUAAAGGCGCUUCUUGACACCCCACAGUACAGCAAGGUGGCCAUGCUUCCGAUCUCCACUAUGGUCAACAACUAUUGCAACCAUCAUGAAGCUUGUUCUGAGGAAUCCACUAUCACACGUAUCAUCUCUACCAUGGAGAAGACCAUUGGUUAUGGCUGCUACAUCAGAGGUUCUAAUCUGGAGACUAGUCUUGUUGCACUUCGUGCUCUCGGAAAUGCAGGCCAUGUGGACAGACUGACCACUACGCUUAGCAGCUGCUUCAACAAACAAGCAAACCCCAUGGAGGUCCGAGUAGCUGCCAUCCAGGCCUACAGAAGACUACAAUGUACUGCUGAUAGAAGUGAAGUAAUGACCAUCUACCAAGAUUCUGAUGAGGACUCUGAGUUGAGAAUUGCUGCCUACUUGGCUGUGAUGCAGUGCCCAUCUGAAGACAUCUUGAGUACAAUCCAAGGAACUCUCGAAUCUGAGAAAGCUAAUCAAGUUGGAGCCUUUGUCUGGUCUCAUCUUACCAACCUGAUGGAAACAUCCAGUCCACAGAAACAGACCAUCAGACGAAUCCUGGAGGACAAAACCCUCGGAAGGAAUUUCGACCUCUCAACACUCAAGUAUUCACGCAACUAUGAAGGCUCUCUAUUUCUGGAGAAGUUCAACACUGGUGCCAUGCUGGAAAGUAAUGUCAUCUUUUCAGAUAAAUCCUUCGUUCCUCGUUCUGCUAUGCUCAACAUGACAGUUGAUCUCUUUGGGAAUUCUCUCAAUCUGUUUGAGCUGGGUGGACGCAUGGAAGGAGUGGAGUAUCUCAUUGAGAACUACCUUGGCCCAUACAGCUACUUUGGAGGAAAGGCAGCCAAGAAACCAAAGAGCAAUGUCAACCUUGAUCACCUCAGAGGAGACUUGUACAUGAGGAUCUUUGGCAACGAAAUGUACUAUGAUCAUUUCAAAGGCGUAGAUCCAUUGGCAUCUAUCAAGAACUUCAACUUUCUUGACUUCCUCAUCAAGAUGUCCAAGAAACAAGACUACUCUUUCACUCAGAGUAUGAUGAUCCUUGACAGCAGCAUGAUCAUCCCCACAAGCUCCGGUCUUCCCCUCAAUCUCACCGUCAACGGAACAGCAACCAUCGACCUUCAGGCCUCUGGUCAAGUCGACCUCCGAAAAAUGACAACUUCACCAAGCAGUCUCCUCAUUGAUGGACACAUCAAGCCAAGUGGAGCUAUCAAGAUUGUUGGCACGAUGAGCAUGGAUGCCUUCGUUACCAAAACAGGUCUUAGAGUUGUCAACACCUGGCAUUCCAGCACUGCCUUGAAAGCGCGUGUAGAACUCAGCCGAGGAAAGAUUCUUAGUGCAGACAUUGACUUUCCUCAACAGAAGAUGGAAAUCCUAGAUGUCAACACAGAGUUCUUCAGCAUUCAUGGUGAUCAGGAGAAGAAACAAGACUUGGUCUCAGGCAACAGAAAGAAGCUGGAACUGUGCACAGGAGCCAGGCUUGCCACAAUUACCGGCCUUGAGCUCUGUAAUGAGUUCCAGUGGCCUAAUGCUUCUAUGGUGGAUAAUGCUCCAUACUUCCCCUUCACAGGGCCCUUCUCCCAAAGCCUAGUUCUUUACAAGAGGGACACACACACUGGCUACAAGCUCAUGGCUAAACAAUCAGUGAAUCAGUAUUCCUCUGUAGCUCAGAUAGCUGUGAACACACCUGGAUCCAGAACUGACCGAUCUUUGGCUUUCGACUUUCUUCUAAAUAAAAAAGAUAAAGACCUUGAAAUCAACCUAGCAUCCCCAUGGAAGAAGGCAGCAUUCAAAGGGUCCAUGGCAUAUGAAAGUAACAAGAUAGGCACAAGGGGCAAUCUGAUUGUCGAUGAAUCUUCAGAAUAUGGUAUCAUCAGUGAAGUGGGUAUCAAGAAAGUAAAGACAUUUGUGACCUACAUCCCCCGACUGGAGAUCAGACGUCCUGGAGCCAAAGUCAUCCUACUCAGUGGCACAGUUGAGGCUGAAGCACUCAAGAGAGCCAGUGUUGAGUUAACCCUUGCUGGGGUAACACCAAAUGCAAUCAGCUUUAGAUCUGCCUUACUAAACUCUAAAAUUGAGAAGAGUGUGAUGGGUACCUUCAAUCUUGCUCCAAAGCAGGACUACGUUCUCGAGGCUGGUUUGGUGUACCAGAACAGUGGCAGGAAGAAGUCCAUCAUCAAGGUCAUCCCAACAUUGACGGUGAAGACCCCAAAAGUUGAGGUCGUCUCACUCUCUGGUUCAGGAGACUACAAAGAGGGCAAAUCACUCAAGGGCAGUCUGUCUCUAGAUGUCCACAAGGUCUUGACCAAACCAAUCACUCUCAAAUGUAACAUCAAGAAGACAGGUGGUACCAAAAGCAAGUACACUGGAAGUGUAACGGUGUCCUCCCAUUUUCUGGUCACCAAGGUUAGUGGCAACGUGCAGACCAAGAUGAACACAGUCAGCUCCUUUAUAACUCUCGACUACAACCUGCCUAAGAUCCGAAGUAUCAAGAAGGACAAGAUCACAUUCAGCUCUAAAUACACUGAUCGUAGCACCAAGUCCCUCUGGAACUACCAGCUCAACACAAACUUCGAAGACAAGAGAUUCCCUCAGGUGAACUUCUUCACAGAUAUGGACUUCUCUCACAACAAGAAACACACAGAAGCUGGUGCAACCUUCAGAUAUGGACCCAAAUCCAAGGACUCCUCCCGCCAGAUCACAGGUUAUGCUCUAGUCAACCAUGACAUGGGCUCCAAAGCCAAAGUUGACUACACAAUGAAAACUACUCUGGGACCACUGGAUGUAAAAUUGAGCCUGAAAGGAAAGCACGCCCAAGACAGUCGCAAUCUGAAUUCCUCCAUGACAUUUGCCUAUGGCAAAGGAAAUACAAUUGAUGCUGCUCUCAAUCUUAGAAACAGUGGAAAAAGGACACUUUAUCUCUUGGGUGAAGCUAGCCUCUCCUAUCCAGGCAAAGAACUACGUCUGAAUACCGAUCUAAUCCAGUCAAAGAAAGACUACACACACUCCAUGACCUUCUACAUGGAUAAAGAAAAGUCUACCAUGGUAACAACCUACAAAAGACAGAAGGAUGCAGCCCACCAGGUGAAAUCUAACAUCAACCUACAUAACAUCCAGCCAAUCCAACUCACUGCUUCCACUAACCUGGAUAACAAAGACCUCAAGGUUUCUGCUCAGGCUGAUUAUGCUGGCGAGGUUUACGGAAUCAACACAGGCUAUAAAUACUCCAAGACAUCAUCUGCCAAGUGGAGCAUGGACAUGACAUACCCCACAAGACAUGUCAUUCUUCAGGUCGAAGGGGGAAAGCGAGGUGUCACAUAUGAGGGCUCUGCUGAUGUUAAGUGGGAUGCUGAUAAGGACAUUUCCAGGAGAUUCCUCCUCACAGGAAAACUCAACCUCAAGUCACUUGGCAAUUUCGCUUCCACUGUUGCAAUGAAAUACCCAACCAGAGAUGUGGAGUUCAAUAUCAAACAUGCUAGUGGUGAACAGUAUACAACCCGUGCUGAUUUCUCUUGGGACACUGACAAGAAGGUCAAAGUGGACACAUCUUUCAAAAGGGUCCCAAGACGAAAUGGGCAGUCACUUGAUGGCUCUGUGAGAGUGAAGACACCAUUUGAAGGAUUUGAGGAACUAAUGGCCCAGGCCAGCAGUGACAACGAUGACAAAAAAUAUGGCUCUUACAUGCAAUUCUCCUGGGGUGGAAAGAAGAAUCAGAUCUCUUCUGCUGUCAGCAUGAAGAAACCCUUCUCUGUAAGAAACAUAGACCUCACUAUCACAGGAACAUCCCCUUUCAAGGGAUACAGAAGGUUCAGCACCGAAAGGGAAUGA